AUGGCCGGCGAGAUGAUCCACCCCCUCCCGCAUAAGAUCAUCAUCAAGAAGAGGAAGAACAAAUUCAUCCGCUUCCAGUCCGAGCGCUUCGUCCGCGUCAAGCCUUCGUGGAGAAAGCCCCGUGGGAUAGACUCUCCGAUGCGCCACCAGUACAGGGGUCAGCGCCCCAUGGUUUCCAUCGGCUACGGUUCCGAUAAGGAGACGCGUUUCAUGCUCCCCUGCGGCUUCUUCAAGCACAGGAUAUCCACUGUCCACGAGCUCAAGACCCUCUUCAUGAACAACAAGACGCACGCUGCACAGAUUGCACACGGCGUUUCUGCGAGGUCGCGCAAGCAGAUCCUUGAGGAGGCCAAAAAGAUGGGCGUGCGUGUCCUCAACGCCGACGCCAAGCUGCGCAAGGAAGAACUGUAA